UGGAGUUCCAUGGAGUGAUGAGGUUCUACUUCCAAGAUAAGGCUGCUGGGAACUUCGCCACGAAAUGCAUCCGUGUCUCCAGCACUGCCACCACACAGGACGUCAUCGAGACACUGGCCGAAAAGUUCCGGCCCGACAUGCGCAUGCUGUCCUCGCCCAAGUACUCGCUGUAUGAGGUGCACGUCAGCGGAGAAGAAAGAAGAUUGGAUAUAGAAGAGAAGCCUCUGGUCGUGCAGUUGAAUUGGAACAAAGAUGACCGGGAGGGCAGAUUUGUUCUGAAGAAUGAGAACGACGCCAUUCCCCCAAAGAAGGCCCAGAGUAAUGGGCCUGAAAAGCAGGACAAAGAAGGUGUCAUCCAGAACUUCAAGAGGACCCUGUCAAAGAAGGAGAAGAAGGAGAAGAAGAAGCGGGAGAAGGAGGCCUUGCGACAAGCAUCUGACAAAGACGACAGACUCUUCCCGGCAGAGGACAUUGAAAAUUCCCGCCUGGCUGCGGAGGUGUACAAAGACAUGCCCGAGACCAGCUUCACACGAACCAUCUCCAACCCCGAGGUGGUGAUGAAGCGCCGGCGGCAGCAGAAGCUGGAGAGGAGGAUGCAGGAGUUCCGCAGCUCCGACGGGCGGCCAGACUCGGGUGGAACACUGCGGAUCUAUGCAGACAGUUUAAAGCCAAACAUUCCCUACAAGACAAUCCUGCUGUCGACAACCGACACCGCCGACUUUGCUGUGGUUGAAGCUCUGGAGAAGUACGGCCUGGAGAAAGACAGUCCUCGGGACUACUGCAUCGCCCGGGUGAUGCUGCCUCCUGGCUCCCAGCACUCUGACGAGAGAGGUGCUAAGGAGAUGAUCCUUGACGACGAUGAGUGUCCCCUGCAGAUCUUCCGGGAGUGGCCCAGUGACAAAGGGCUUCUCGUCUUCCAGCUGAAGAGGAGGCCACCAGACCACGUCCCAAAGAAAGCCAGGAAGCAGGUGGACGGCAGGCCCCUCAAGGGGAAGGAGAGGGCCGACGGCUCCACCUAUGGCUCCACCCUGCCUCCUGAGAAACUGCCCUACUUGGUGGAGCUGAGCCCAGGGAGAGGGAGUCACUUUGCCUGCUACAGCUACCGCCCUCACGAAGACGGCUCCGAUUCCAGGGACAAGCCAAAGCUCUACCGCCUGCAGCUGAGUGUCACCGAGGUGGGAACAGAGAGGUUUGAGGACAACUCCAUCCAGCUCUUUGGCCCUGGUAUCCAGCCCCAUCACUGUGACCUCACAAACAUGGAUGGCGUGGUGACUGUGACACCCAGGAGCAUGGAUGCUGAGACGUACGUGGAAGGCCAGCGCCUCUCGGAGACAACCAUGCUGCAGAGCGGCAUGAAGGUCCAGUUCGGGUCGCUGCACGUGUUCAAGUUUGUGGACCCAGGCCAGGACCAGGCUCUGACCAAGAGAGCCGUGGACGGGAGCCUGGUGGCCCGAGGCCCCAGGCACAAACAGGGACUCAUGCAAGAGACUACGUUUGACCUGGAAGGAGAUGUGCAUAGUGGAACAGCAUUACCAGCCAGCAAGAGUACCUCCCGGCUGGACAGCGACCGGGACUCCUCAGCUUGCAGCCCGGCAGAGCGCAGCGCUGUGAAAUCCAGGGUCAGAGUGGAGCAGCCUGACCUCCGCAGGCAGGAGAGCCGAGGCCAGGACGUCCAUGGGCCCGAGCUGAUGCUGCCUGCCAGCAUUGAAUUCCGGGAAAGCUCUGAAGACGCGUUUUUGUCGGCCGUCAUAAACUACACCAACAGCUCCACAGUCCACUUUAAGCUGUCACCCACCUAUGUGCUCUACAUGGCCUGUCGGUACGUAUUGUCAGGCCAGUCCAGACCUGAUAGCAGCCCCGCCGAGCGCACCCACAAGGUCAUCGCCGUCAUCCACAAGAUGGUCAGCAUGAUGGAAGGCGUGAUCCAGGAGGUAGACCAGGUGGAUCAGAAGCAGAAGAACAUUGCAGGAGCACUGGCCUUCUGGAUGGCGAAUGCGUCGGAGCUGCUCAACUUCAUUAAGCAGGACCGCGACCUGAGCCGCAUCACCCUGGAUGCCCAGGACAUCCUGGCGCACCUGGUGCAGAUGGCCUUUAAGUACCUGGUCCACUGUCUGCAGUCAGAACUCAACAACUACAUGCCCGCCUUCUUGGACGACCCCGAGGAGGAUAGUCCGCAGAGACCCAAGAUCGACGACGUCCUGCACACGCUGACGGGCGCCAUGUCGCUGCUGCGGCGCUGCCGGGUCAAUGCCGCGCUCACCAUCCAGCUCUUCUCACAGCUCUUCCACUUCGUCAACAUGUGGCUCUUCAACAGGCUGGUCACCGAGCCGGACUCGGGCCUCUGCUCCCACUACUGGGGCGCCAUCAUCCGCCAGCAGUUGGGGCACAUUGAGGCCUGGGCUGAGAAGCAGGGGCUGGAGCUGGCCGCCGACUGCCACCUCAGCCGCAUAGUGCAGGCCACCACUCUGCUCACCAUGGACAAGUACGCAGCGGAGGACAUUGCAAACAUACACAGCACCUGCUUCAAGCUGAACUCCCUGCAGCUGCAGGCCUUGCUGCAGAACUACCACUGUGCACCCGAUGAGCCCUUCAUCCCCACGGAGCUGAUCGAGAGCGUGGUGGCAGUGGCUGAGAACACGGCUGACGAGCUGGCACGCAGCGAUGGACGAGAGGUGCAGCUGGAGGAGGACCCCGACCUGCAGCUGCCGUUCCUUCUGCCCGAGGACGGCUACUCUUGUGAUGUCGUCAGAAACAUCCCCAACGGCUUGCAGGAAUUCCUAGAGCCACUGUGUCAGCGAGGUUUCUGCAGGUUGGUCCCCCACCUGCGCUCCCCAGGCACGUGGACCGUCUAUUUUGAGGGCGCCGAUUACGACAGUCACCUUCUACGUGAGAGCACGGAGCUGGCCCAGCCCCUGCGGAAAGAGCCCGAGGUGAUCACCGUGACCCUGAAGAAGCAGAAUGGCAUGGGCCUGAGCAUCGUGGCUGCCAAGGGUGCAGGGCAAGAUAAGCUGGGGAUCUACGUUAAGUCCGUGGUCAAGGGAGGCGCAGCCGACGUGGACGGCCGACUGGCAGCCGGGGACCAGCUCCUCAGCGUGGACGGACGCAGCCUUGUUGGGCUGUCUCAGGAGAGGGCUGCGGAGCUCAUGACCAGAACGAGUUCAGUGGUGACACUGGAAGUUGCCAAACAAGGAGCCAUUUACCACGGCCUUGCCACACUGCUCAGCCAGCCAUCCCCCUUGAUGCAGAGAAUUUCAGAUCGCCGUGGAGCCUCUGGGAAACCCCGGCCCAAGAGCGAAGGUUUUGAGCUCUAUCAUAAUUCAGCUCAGAACGGGUCCCCUGAGAGCCCACAGCUGCCGUGGGCGGAGUUCAGUGAGCCCAAGAUGUUGCCGGGUGACGACAGACUGAUGAAGAAUCGUGCAGAUCACCGCUCCAGUCCCAACGUGGCAAACCAGCCCCCUAGUCCCGGAGGGAAGCACGCGUACAGCACAGGCACGACAGCCAAGAUCACCUCUGUAUCCACCGGGAACCUGUGCACUGAGGAGCAGAGCCUGCCACCCAGACCUGAAGCGUACCCCAUCCCCACCCAGACGUGCCCUAGAGAAUAUUUUACCUUCCCUGCUUCCAAGUCCCAGGAUCGGACUGGCCCUCCACAGAGCCCAUGGUCAAGCUAUGAGGAGAAGCCUCAUCCACACCCAGAUGGUGAUCACCCCAGUAUGGUCAUUCAGCGGGUUACUCGGUCCCAAGAGGAACUCCGCGAUGACCAAACCUACCAGCUUGAGCAGCAUCGCAUGGCGGCUGGGGUGGACCGCAAGUCGGACAGCGACAUGUGGCUAAACCAGAGCUCCUCCCUCGAGUCUAGCACAUCCAGCCAGGAGCACCUGAACCAUUCCUCGAAGUCGGCUACCCCCGCGUCCACACUAACUAAAAGCGGCCCUGGCCGCUGGAAAACCCCAGCUGCCAUCACACCAAUCCCAGUGGCCAUCUCUCAGCCCAUGCGGAUGGACCUGCCCCCACCACCACCACCGCCCCCUGUGCACUAUGCUGGCGACUUGGAUGGGGUGCUGGUGGACUCACCUCUGCCGCUGCCCCCCUCUGCCAGCCAGGCCUGCACCUCGUCCGUGCAGGCGGCCGCUGCAGAGCGCAAGAAGCGGGAGGAGCAGCAGCGGUGGUACGAGAAGGAGAAGGCCCGCCUGGAGGAAGAGCGGGAGCGGAAGCGGCGCGAGCAGGAGCGGAAGCUGGGCCAGAUGCGCACACAGCCCCUGCCUCCCCCGGCCAAGCCCGAGAAGCCGGCCAGCCUGCCACGGCCACAGGACACGGUCAUCCGAGAGCUGCAGCCGCAGCAGCAGCCACGCACCAUCGAGCGGCGCGACCUGCAAUACAUCACCGUCAGCCGGGAGGAGCUCUCAUCUGGAGACAGCCUGUCCCCAGACCCGUGGAAGCGGGACGCCCGAGAGAAGCUGGAGAAGCAGCAGCAGCUGCACAUCGUGGACAUGCUGAGCCACGAGAUCCAGGAGCUGCAGGCCAAGGCCGAGCGCAGCGCCGAGGAGAGCGACCGGCUGCGCAAGCUCAUGCUGGAGUGGCAGUUCCAGAAGCGGCUGCAGGAGUCCAAGCAGCAGGACGACGAGGACGACGACGAGGACGACGACGAUGUGGACGCCCUGUUGGUCAUGCAGCGCCUGGAGGCCGAGAGGAGAGCCCGGCAGACUGCUCUGCCAGCAAUCUCUGUUCUAGAUUUGUUGCAGGAGGAGGAGCGGCGGCGGCGGCAGCAGCAGCUGGAGGAGCUGCGGCAGCGUGAGCUGGAGGAGCGUGGUCUUCCUGAGGAACGGGGACGGCGGGACGCUGAGGAGGAGGAGGAGGAGCAGCGUGGACGGCGGGACGCUGAGGAAAAGAGGCGCCAGGAGGAGGGCUACUACAGCCGCCUGGAGGCCGAGCGCCGUCGCCAGCAUGAGGAGGCCGAGCGGAAGCUGCUGGAGGCCGAGGAGCCGGGUCUGUGCCGCCCACCGCCGCCGCGGGACUACCAGCCCCAGGGGCCCCCGCUCGCCCCCUGCACACCCCCACCCCCACCACAGCGCCACACCUCCUACCUCAAGACGCAGGCUCUGUCUCCCGACACGCUGUACACGGCCAAGUUUGUGGCGUCCGAGGAGGAGGAGGAGGAGGAGGAGGAGGAGGAUGCCAGCCUGGCAGGUCAGGAUAAGUACUCCAGCAUGAGGAAGUCUUCCGGGGAGCUGCCCCCUGCCGCCCUUCGGCCACCGCCUGCCCGCCCGCCACGCCCCGUCUCGGACGGCGUCUUCCUUUCCACCUCAUUCCAGCCACCCUGGGCCAAAGCCAACAGUACUGCCCUGCGAGCAGGCCCACCCCCGCCCCCCAAACCCAGCAUCGCUAAAGGACCAAGCCCACACCCUGGGCCUGCUGGGACAACUGUCGGCACACAUGAUGCUGGGUGGGACCCCAGAGAGCGCUGGCCUAAGAGCCACGGCGCGGAUCCGCCAGGGCCGUCUGGAGCCCCUGAGAACCUGACCUUCCGAGAGCGCCAGCGCCUCUUCUCGCAAGGCCGAGACGUGUCCAACAAGGUGAAAGCCUCCCGGAAGCUCACCGAGCUGGAGCAGGAGCUCAACACCAAAUGAGGGACCCUGAGCCGCGUGGCAUGGGGAGGGGUGCGUUGGGCUCAGUGGUUGGCCCUUUCUGUGUCUAAGGGAGAGUUGGGGAGGGUGUGAUCCCAAAGCUUUCCUAUGCUUCUCAGGCUCGCCAGGGGUACUGGUGCACAUUGCCCCUUUCCCAGCAUCUGGCACAGAAGCGAUGCCUGCUUCUCUAGCUUCUGUCCUGGGGCACGCUGAGCGCGGGCCGGUGUUGAGGUAUGACCUCUCCCUCGCCUGCUCGCACCCCAGGACUGAGUGGGGUCACAGACCCGCUUUCUGUCCUUUAAACCACUGCUUUCUGUUAGCUGCCUGUCAGAGACUAGCUGAAACUGCCCAGACUCUGAGCAAGGCCUUUGCAGCAAAGGUCACUGCCCUCCAGGAGAGAGUGUGAGGGGCCCCCUUGCUGACCCCACCCCGCAGCCCCCGCUGAGCCGGCUUGCCUCACUCAGAGUACUGGCUGAGGACUGAGUUUCUGAGAUGGGGGGGGGCAGUAUUUUUUUAAUCAAUGCCGGGUUAUCUGGACACACGCACCAUAGGUGGCCUGAGGGGGGCCAGGGUGGGAUAGGAGGUGCAUCACACGUGUCCGGGAUUCCAUGUGCUCCGCGCAGGGACACUGCUCGUGAGAAGGGACAUGAGGCCUGAGAAGAUGGGACACGUGGAGGACACUUCACAUGGAAACGAACUAGAUUAACAUCCAUCCAUAAUCUUUCAGGGAACCGCAAGGGCUCAAUGACAUGGUUUUUGUCAUAGUAUUUUUAGGAGUAACUCGCGGCAGUUCAAGCUGUAUCUCGUAGUACGGUAGACUUAUUUAAUGUCACUUGUUUUAUUUCCACGGCCAUUGCUUCAACCGAGGGGACUUGGCUGAGGGUGACAAGGGUGGAUUGGCUGGUGGGCUAUUAGGCUGAGCACACAGCCAGUCGGAUGUGGGUCCCCAUGAUUCUGACCUUGCUGGUCCUCUUACCAACACGUGUCAGAAGUCACACCCUCCACCCAGCAGCAAGGUGGCAUCACCUCCUCGUCUAUCAGGCCCAUUACCUGCGGGUGAGGAAGGACCAACUCCACGUCGCUCCUCAGGAACAAGAUGGAGACCAACGGCAAAUACAGUGCACACACCCCCACGAGACCCCAGGGGACAAACAGCUGCCCCGGGUUCCACCCAAGGGCAGAUGGUGGCUUCCCACCACCCCACCCACCUUGCCAUUGGCAGCCAAGCGCUUUGACCACUGUGCCGGCCGGCAGCGCCCCUCCUCUGCCUGCAGGGAGGUGUGGAGUGAGUGGUGCAGCUGGCACCAGGCGGGUUGUCUUUGGACAGUUAGGUCAAAUGUGAACAUGUGUGAGUGCUUUUUCAUAACUGUUUUUCUGGGAAACACCAAACUGCUGUAGUUCCUGUUUCUACUGUACUUCAGUCGCAGCCUAUUUUUAAUAAACUUUGUAUGUAUUUAA